AUGGCCGACACCACAUCCACUGCAAAUACGGGUGCCGCGCCCGAUAAGACGCGUCGAUCGCGGAUCACCGCCGCCUGCGCCGUCUGUCGGGCCAAACGCCAGAAAUGCAGUGGUCAGAAGCCGGUAUGCGACCAAUGCCGUGCCCACAACGAAGAGUGUUGGUGGAGCGAUCAGAAGAAACGCGGCCCGGCCAAGGACUACCUGCGAUCACUCCAAGAUCGUCUCCAGGAGACCGAGAAGCUAUUACUCGGCGUGCUCAACCAAGCCUCCGACGACGCCUUGCACAACGGACUACAACAGGCCAAUUCGAAUUCGAAUCCGCCAGCUCCCAGCCACCAAACAUGGACGAGCGUGUGCUCUGGACAGGAAUAUUGGGCACAUUAUCCCUUGAAUGAAUUGAGUUCGAUCCGACAGUGGCAGCAACAUCGAAUGUCCGGUGACCUUGCCUCAUUCCAGCCGAAUGCUCCAUUAUCCAGGCACCUUCGUGCCGCCACAGCCUCUGGUCCACCCCAAGCAGGCCCAACAUCGACGGGUCACUCAUCCGCGAUUAGUCGCGUUGCCCAAAAUGGGCCAUACUACCAGACGCCUCACGCAGACCAAUUCAAUGGAGACGCCGGACUACGGGAACAGCCAACCUAUCAGACUCCCUCACAUGAAAGACGGUACAGCGAGGAGACUCGCGAUGUCGCGCAGGCAUUGUAUUCUAUCUCGAAUCAUCUAGUGGAAGGGUCAACACAGCCGGUCCCAGCGCAAGAUGCGCCUUCAGAGCCCAAGGACGAGAAAAGCCAGGAGACCCUACCUUCCAAGUUUCCAGAAAAGCUUUUCUGGUAG